AAGUACCAUGGACCAACUCGAACGUACAGAGUGCGCGCGCGUUGUUUUCGUUUAAAGUUGCUGUUAAUUUCGCGAGAUAUUUUUGAUGCUUUCAAAAGAAGUACAAUGGAAGAAUCGAUAGAUAAUUUAUUCUCCUGCUUCGAAGAGAGCGAAGAGCCCGCUACUGAAACCGACGUGUCCCUUAACUUCAGAUCGAACACGGACACAACAGACGAGUCGGAAAGUAAGGGAAUUAAGCGUAAAUCUGACAAUGACGAGAGGACACCCAGUAAGCAGCUGCGAGUGGACGACGAAAUCGCCGUAGACGAUAUAAACUUUGACGAAUUCAAAAAUAGAAUUGUAGUACACGCAAUCGAGUCCUUAGAGUCUUGCACUCACGAAGUGGCGUACCCACCCGGUCAACAGUACGUUCCAUUAAUCGAAAACGGAGGCGAACCUGCGAAAGUAUACCCUUUCGUUUUGGACCCGUUUCAAAAAGAAUCCUUGUUAUGUAUCGACAACAAUCAAUCGGUACUGGUAUCCGCGCAUACGUCAGCCGGAAAAACUGUCGUCGCAGAGUAUGCUGUUGCUAUCUCACUUAAGAAAAAGCAACGUGUGAUAUACACAACUCCAAUAAAAGCAUUGUCCAAUCAAAAAUACAGAGAAUUCUACGACGAAUUUAAGGAUGUUGGACUUGUAACGGGCGAUGUUACUAUUAACCCGACCGCUUCGUGUUUGAUUAUGACAACUGAGAUUUUACGAAACAUGCUGUACAGAGGAUCUGAAAUCAUGCGUGAGGUUGGCUGGGUCGUUUUUGACGAAAUUCACUACAUGCGUGACAAGGAGCGCGGUGUCGUUUGGGAAGAGACACUAAUACUGCUGCCGCACAACGUGCGCUUUGUGUUUCUCUCCGCGACCAUACCGAACGCGCGCCAGUUCGUGGAAUGGGUCGCGCAUUUACAUCAACAGCCCUGCCACGUCGUUUACACCGAUUAUCGGCCGACACCUUUACAACACUUCAUCUUUCCCGCGGGCGGACAGGGAAUUCACAUGGUCGUUGAUGAGACGGGUACUUUUAAGGACGAAAAUUUUAAUACGGCCAUGUCAGUUUUGCAAAGCGUCGGCGAUGCCGGUAAAGGUGAUCAGAGAGGACGAAGAGGCGGAGUUGCCGGUAAAGAUCCGUCGCAGAGCAACAUAUUUAAGAUUGUUAAAAUGAUUAUGGAAAGAAACUUUGCGCCGGUUAUCGUUUUUAGUUUUAGCAAGAAGGACUGCGAGGCUUUUGCGAUGCAGAUGACCAAGCUAGAUUUUAAUACAACUGCCGAAAAACAAUUAGUCGACGAGGUGUUCGCUAACGCCAUGGACGUUCUCUCUGACGAAGAUCGUCACUUACCUCAAGUAGACAAUCUACUUCCACUUUUACGACGUGGCAUUGGUAUCCACCACGGCGGUUUAUUGCCGAUUUUAAAGGAAACAAUCGAGAUUCUUUUCGGCGAAGGAUUAAUCAAGGCACUAUUUGCGACCGAGACGUUCGCGAUGGGCCUGAAUAUGCCCGCACGUACCGUUUUAUUUACGGGGAUGCGUAAAUUCGACGGCAAGGAAUAUCGAUGGAUUACUUCUGGGGAGUACAUUCAAAUGUCCGGUCGUGCCGGUAGAAGAGGGCUCGACGAUAAGGGUAUCGUUAUAUUAAUGGUCGACGAGAAGGUUCCUCCGGCUGCCGGUCGAGACAUUGUGAAAGGGGCACCCGAUCCCAUUAACUCUGCUUUCCAUCUUACAUAUAAUAUGGUCCUGAAUCUGCUGCGCGUCGAAGAAAUUAAUCCCGAGUACAUGCUGGAGCGCUCGUUUUACCAGUUUCAAAAUCAAGCGGCCAUUCCUGGAUUGUACGAAAAGUACAACAGCGCUUUAAACCAAUAUAACAACUUUGAUAUCAAGAACGAAGAGAAGAUUCAGUCUUAUUAUCUCAUACGCAAAGAACUAGAUGCAUUGGCAGUUACUUUUAGGAGAUAUAUUACCAAGUCGCAGUAUCUGAUUCCAUUUUUGCAGCCGGGGCGACUUGUCAAGAUAAAAACGGAAGAUGCCGAAUACGAUUGGGGGAUGAUAGUCAACUUUAAGAAGGUAGCCGCCGACAAGAAGGGAAGAUCCAACCCCUUGCACUCUUCGACUAAGGUCCAAGUCGACAUACUCCUCAACAUUCUUCCCACCAAGGACGAGAAUAGCAAAGAUUCGAUUCCGAAGCCUUGUCCCGAGGGGCAGGCCGGCGAGGUCGAGGUUGUCGCGGUCUGUUCAACGUUGAUAACCCACAUCUCGUCCGUACGACUGUACUGCCCCCACGAUCUUCGAUCGAACGACAGCCGGAAAGGCAUGCUGAAAGCUUUGAAAGAAGUUAAAAAACGAUUCGAUAAACCGGGGCCUCCCUUACUCAAUCCCGUCAGUGACAUGAAAAUCAAGGAUCCCGAGUUUCUCGAGGUCGUUAAAAAAAUCGAACAUCUCGAAAAGAAAAUGUACGAACAUCCCAUGCACGACGAUCCGUCUUUAAGCGAAGAGUAUUCGAGAUACGAGAAGAAAGUCAUUUGCGAGGACGAGCUCGCCGUGGCCAAGCAGAAGUUGUCCGAGGCGAAAUCGGUUUUGCAACUCGACGAGUUGAAGUGCCGCAAGAGGGUGCUUCGACGGUUGGGUUUUUGCUCUAACGCUGACGUUAUCGAGUUGAAGGGAAGAGUCGGAUGCGAGUUGAGCAGCUCGGACGAGUUGCUUCUUACCGAGAUGAUUUUCAACGGGGUGUUUGGCCAGUUGACGCCCGCCCAGUGCUGUGCCAUCCUCAGCUGUUUCGUCUGCGAUGAGAAAUGUUCCGAAGCGCCUAAGCUCUGCGAGGACCUGUCGGGACCAUUAAGGCAAAUGCAGGAAAUGGCGCGACGCAUCGCAAAGGUGAGCAACGAGGCCCGUUUAGAUUUGGACGAGGAGUCCUACGUCGAAAAAUUCAAGCCAUCUCUUAUGGACGUGGUUUUCGCGUGGUGUAACGGGGCGGUUUUUAGCGAACUAUGUAAAAUGACCGAUAUUUUCGAGGGUUCAAUUAUAAGAUGCAUGAGACGGUUGGAGGAGUUGCUUAGACAGAUGGUGCAGGCCUCGAAGACGAUUGGCAACACAGAUUUGGAGGAUAAGUUUAAUACCGCGAUUAAAAUAAUUAAAAGAGACAUUGUUUUCGCGUCUAGUCUUUAUUUAUAAUCUUUUUUUUAAAUAAAAUUUUGUAUUGUUUGAA